CAGGAGCAGAGGAGGUGGAUGGGAGAGGAGAAGAGGAGAGGCAUUGACUGGAUGCGUACACAUGGGAGAGAAGAAAACGGGUAUUUCAUGCGCUCGGUGUGCAUCACUGAGGAGCGCGGCUGUCUGCCUGGAUUGUUAGUCAUUUGCUAGAGGACAUACGGAGAAACACGGGCAGGCUGGGGAAUACAGGGCUGCGUGCAGAGGAUGAACAGGCGACGUGGGCUCUCUGGCUGUGAUCGCUGUCCUCAGACCCCCGUAGCCACUUGCACUAGUGCUGUUGCAGGCCGUUAGCCUCACAGUUAGGAAGCAGCAGUCAGUGAUUGAUACAGAAUGAGCUCCAAGCACUCCUCCGACUGGAUUCCCUACAGCACUUUAGAUGAUGAGGGCACCAACCUCCGACAGCAGAAACUGGACAGACAGCGAGCGCUCAUUGAACAAAAGCAGAAGAAGAAGAGGCAGGAGCCUCUGAUGGUCCAGUCUAACGUGGACAGUAGAUCUCGCACUCGUCGGACCAAACAGAGCGAGGAACAGGCUCCGCUGGUGGAAUCCUACCUCAGCAGCAACAGCAGCACCAUCUACCACGUGCAAGAAGCUGAACAGGAGGAGGUGAAGGUGAUAGCGGACACACAGCCGCCUCGCUCAGCCAAGAAGGGCAAAGCCUCGGCCAGCUCAACUCCACAGACGGGCAGUGACAAGAAGGAGAGGAAGGGAAAGCACAAAGCGAUCGAUGGCCUGGCUUCCCUGCAGGAUGACGGUCAGAUCCAGAUCCUGACAGUGGGUCACCCCAGCACAGAGGAGGGCGAAUCAGAGCCUGUCAUGAGCUGCACACAGUCACAGAGUAAACAGGAUCUGCGCGUCACCAUGCUCAAGAAAGGUAUUUCCAGCAGUAUGAAUUUUGAUGAGGAAGAGGAUGACGAAGAUGAGAUCAGUUCCAGUUCCUCACAACUCAACAGCAACACGAGACCAGGCUCCGCCACUAGCAAGAAGUCAUGCAAGGAGGUGGCUUCAGCACCGACUCCACCAGUCAAUGAACCUGCUGUCGAUGUGGAUGACCUUGAAGAGUUUUCUCUGCGACCUGCACCCCAGGGCGUCAGAGUGAAGUGCAGAAUUACCAGAGACAAGAAAGGCAUGGACAGAGGCAUGUAUCCCACCUACUACCUUCACCUGGAGAGAGAAGACGGCAAGAAGGUGUUCCUGUUAGCAGGCAGGAAGAGGAAAAAGAGUAAAACAUCAAAUUACCUCAUCUCCAUCGAUCCCACUGAUCUUUCUCGAGGUGGAGAGAGCUUCAUUGGUAAAUUGAGGUCUAACCUCAUGGGAACUAAGUUCACUGUAUACGACAGCGGCCUGAACCCCAUGAAGAGCACCACCAGCCUUGAAGCUAGCAACCUGCGCCAAGAGCUAGCAGCCAUUUGCUAUGAAACCAAUGUUUUAGGAUUCAAAGGACCUCGCAAAAUGAGUGUCAUCAUUCCUGGAAUGAACAUGGACCACGAGAGAGUGUCUAUUCGCCCACGAAAUGACCAUGAGUCACUGCUGGCCAGGUGGCAGAACAAGAGCACAGAGAGUGUGAUCGAACUUCACAACAAGACGCCUGUGUGGAACGAUGACACACAAUCCUAUGUGCUCAACUUCCACGGCAGAGUCACUCAGGCCUCUGUCAAGAAUUUCCAAAUCAUUCAUGACAAUGACCCUGACUACAUUGUGAUGCAGUUUGGCCGUGUGGCAGAGGAUGUCUUCACCAUGGACUAUAACUACCCAAUGUGUGCCCUGCAAGCCUUUGCCAUUGCCCUCUCCAGCUUUGACAGCAAGUUAGCCUGCGAAUAGACCCCAGCCUGAAGUUCAGUGGAGAACUGGUCCAUCUGUCCUCUCAACAAGGGCUGUUAAUGUAUCCCUGGGGCUGGUUUGAGAUUUCCAAAUCACCCAGUACCAAGGAAGUCCUGCAUAUUCCAGAAUGCUUUAUGGGCCUCAAGUUUUGUGUGUAUGUGUGUAUGUGUUGGGGGGUGGGACUUCGGGAAGGUCUUGGUCAGUGGAAGAAAACAAGCACAAACAGUAAUCCACUUUCAAAAUCCAAUUCAUUUGUUUUGAUAACUAUAGUCAUUUUGUACUGUAAUGGCAUUAUGAAAACAAACACUGUUCCUUUAGGUAGUAGUUAGAGAAAUUUAACAUUUCUUUAUCUGUAAAUUAUAACUAACAAUUAUACAUCUGUAAGUUUUAAAAGCCGACUGGGGUUUAUGUAAUCUGCCACACAAAACUGUCACACUUUUCCUCAAGCAUGACUACUGCUUCAAUAGUUACUGCAUUUAAACACCAUGCACGCCAUAUAUUUAUUUUGUUAUUUAUGUAUUUAUUACAUUUUGUUUGUUGUUACCAUUUGCAGCCAUUUCAGCAGAAUAAGCUCUCUGGAGCUGCAAGCACACAGAUUAGCAUCACAAGAAGGAAUAUCUCUCAUUUCCACACAAAACAAUUAGCAAUGUGUGACGUGAAAAGGGCAGAGGCGUGUUACACUGUACCAUAUACAAUAUUGUGUCACAGUGUCAUGUAUGCGAAUGUAUAGGAUGAUGGUGCACUUUACUUUGAAGUCUGUAGUGGAUGAGAUAUAGCUGUACAUACUUUAUUGUGCCUUUGAAGACUAAUUCCAGUGUUAUGCUUUGGCCAUAAAAAGGAGCUGAGCUUGAAUUGGUCUUUGCUAUUCUCGCUGUCUUCUCAUGCAUUGGAGAUAAUUCUCUGUAGCUACUUUGAAUUCAGCUGUCUGAUGCAGGGGUCAUUUAGACUGAUUAGAUGGCUGGAGUUGCAAAAACCUCCAGAAACCAGUGGCGCCCCCGAUACAAUUGUUGGCCUCCCCCUGGUGAUAUAACUGAGAGUCAGUUUUACAAUCUGUACUUGCUCUUUCUAGCUCUUUAAAUACUUCUUUGAAUCCUCUAUCAGCAUAACUUUUCUUGUGCUGCAUUUAGAUGCCGUCACAAAUAUUCAAACCUUCCAA